GUUGGUUUAUUAAGCCUCUCAAAGAAACAACUACAUCAGCUGGUUAUCAUCAAAAUAUGCAGUGGAAACUCAUAUCUGAAAUGAAAGCUGAAAACAUUAGAUCAUUUCUUCAUUCGCCGAUUUUUAAAAUGUCUCUAAACCACUCAAGAUGAAAUCCAUGGCCUGUUACAGAGGAGUCUUUUCUCACCUAUAACUUCAUCCCACAGGAAAGUAUCUGGUUGGUCUUUUUAGAGACAUUUUAUUGUCGUGUAACCUUGGACUGCAACUGAAUGCGAUUUUUUGUUCCUUAUGCAUUAACUAGAAAAAUCUUACCCGACCCUUCCACCCCCUUUCUUUACUGCAUCCUGUUAAGAAGAGUUAGGACACUGGCAGCCUGGUGACUUAGAAAGAAGAUCAGUGUUUCUGAUUAUGGCUGCCUUACAUUUUUCCCCCCUCAUUUUGCAAAUAUAAUUUUUUUUCUCAAACAGUGAACAAAAUGAAAACAGUAAAGACAAUGUAAACUUUUCAACUUCUUUUUGAAGGCAGUUACUGUAACACAUUUUUGUUCUCAGAAUCCCUCAAAAAGAGUGGCAUUAACAAAUCAGCUUUGUUGAAUGAUAAUUUACAUAAACUACACACCUUCAGAACCUUGUGAUUUCAGAGAUUUUACAGAUAUAUUAGAGUCAACAAACCACAUGCUCUACUGGGAUCCUGAGAAUUCGAAUCCUCUGGUCAUUAGUUGAAGAAGGGAUGUGCGAUGCGGUCAUGCUUCAUGAAAGGUGAAGGAAGUGUAACUAAAGAAGCUUUCCUCUAGUGAAUGAAAAAUGCAAGAGGGAACUGUGUUUUUACUUGUUCUUUGAUUGAACAUUACCAAAUUACUGUUCAAUUUGGAUCACAAAGGGAAACUCAAAUGUCUGGUUUUCUUUUUUCACUCCUGUGUUUCAUUUCAUUGAGCCCUCUAGAAUAUGAGAAGCACAAGUUCAUGAUUAAUCUUUCAUCUCCAUUUAAAGAAAUUUUUUUUUUUGGUUUUUGUUUUUGUUUUUUGAGACAGGGUUUCUCUGUGUAGCUUUGCGCCCUUCCUGGAACUCACUUGGUAGCCCAGGCUGGCCUCGAACUCACAGAGAUCCGCCUGGCUCUGCCUCCCAAGUGCUGGGAUUAAAAGCGUGCACAAAAAUAGUAUCUGCCGGGCUGGAGAGAUGGCUCAGAGGUUAAGAGCAUUGUCUGCUCUUCCAGAGGUCCUGAGUUCAAUUCCCAGCAACCACAUGGUGGCUCACAACCAUCAAUAAUGAGAUCUGGUGCCCUCUUCUGGCAUACAGGCAUACUGUAUACAUAAUAAGUAAAUCUUAAAAAAAAAUAGUAUAUGUCCACUGUAGAAAGUAAGACAACAAUGAACUAUUGUCAUAGCUGGGUUUCUAUUGCUGUGAUAAACACCAUGACCAAAAGUAACUUGAGGGGAAAGGGUUUAUUUCAUCUCACAACUCUCAGGACAUACUCCAUCACUGAGGAAAGUCAGGACAAAAACUCAAGAGAGGAACCUGGUGAUAAGAACCAAAGCAUAAACUGUGAAGGCACUUUACUGGCUUGCUCAGUUUGCUGUUUUAUUGAUUCCAGAACCACCUGCCCAGGUAUGGCACUGCCCAUGGUGGCUGGGCCCUCCCCAAUAAACCAUUAAUCAAGAAAAUUCAUCACAUACUUGUCUGCAAGGCCAGUCUGAAGGAGGCAAUUCCUCAAAUGAGAUUCCCCAUUCUAGAUGACUCUUGGCUGUCAAGUUGAAAACAAUAAUCAAAACAAAACAAAAAACCAUAACUAACACAAGUAUGUAAAGUAGAAAUUAAAUAUACCUAGGCUUGAAUUAUUUUUCUCUAGCUGUAAAAUAACUUUUCUGAAUUCACUUGUACUUUGUAAAGGAAAUAUUUGACAUAUUAAACAUCUGUAGCUUGCAGUUUUCACUUAAGGACAGAGAGAGAGAGUGCUUCACAGAGCUUGAUACUUGAGUCUUCAUGGAUCAGUCAUAGUUUGCAGGUAGGAGAGGGAAGACUCAAGUGGAUGGAGAAAUAUUUAUUCUGGAAAGAAGAACUUGUGCAAAGUCUACAAACAAUUAAAAUGACAGUGGAAAGGGUGCCGUUGAGCAGAAGCUUGUGAGCACAGUAACAGUGAACGAGGCUGAAAGAUGGAAGGGUGGGUCAAAUGCAUGUUGGGUUAUGAACAUUAUAGUCUAGAUUAUAUGGGACUGUCCAAGUAUCAUGAGCAAUUAUGCAGUAAGGUCGGAUCAACUACUAAAAUAUACUAUUUCUCAAAAUCAGAAAGUUAUAAUUUCAAGGUCUAGCCCAGGCAUUUAUUAGCUAUAACAAUAUGAACUACUUUGUCAGUUAUCUUAUUUGAAAAAUAGGAGAAAGGAAGAGUGGUUGUGAGGAUAAAGAUGAAAUGUAAAAGUGCUGGUACCAGGUUUUCAAUGAAAAUUUCAUCUUCAUGUCCAUAGGUUUUUGUUUUUUAGUUUUAGGGGUUUUUUUUUGUAAUAUUAUUUCUCUACUGAUAUAAGUGGAAAAGAGAAGAAACCUUUAACAUAAUAUUUGUCUAAAGUAAAAUAAAUCUCACUAUUAACUCUUUGUGGGGUUAUUAAAAUGCUAUAGCUCUUUUACACUCAGAACUAAGAAAAUAUCACCCAAAGUAGUUUAACAGAGUUGUGUUUUUCAUGUCACCGACAAGACCUUGGCACUAGAAAAUACAUAAGUUCAUGGACCUUAAUUUCAAUGAAAUAAAUACAUUGCUACAUACAUGUUAUAGUUGAUAGACACAUCUAAGCCAAAUGCAGAGUACUGGGCUGUUCCUGAGCAAAUAUUAAGACUUCUCCCUCAAAAUUACCUCAGUUCACUCAUAAACAUCAGGGUGUUGCAUCCUUGUUAUAGAGCUAUGACAUUCUUAUAGGUGUCUUCUCACAUUUAGUCCUGUGCUAUUGUGUUUACCAGGGAUUAUGCUAUUCACCGAGGGAGCAUAACAUGGAAAUUGCAGUUUUGCUUAAUUAUUUUAAAGAGUCAUGUCUGAAAAUUGGUAUAUCCAACUGAGAUUUUUCUGCAUCUGAUAGAAAAUUGAUACAUGACUUCCUGAAAGGUGAACCAUGUAGCAUCAUUUGGAUAUACUCUCUUAAUACUCAAUUUUGUUACUCUCUUUUCAGUUCCUUUACAAAAUUUCCCCAUCUGGCAGGAACAGAACAAAAUUUACUGCUUGCCAAGAAAAUCCAAACACAGUGGAAGAAAUUUGGAUUAGAUUCAGCCAACUUGGUUCAUUAUGAUGUUCUUUUAUCUUACCCAAAUGAGACGAAUGCAAACUAUGUAUCAAUUGUGGAUGAACAUGGAGUUGAGGUGAUGUAGAAUUCUUGGGAGUUUUUGUAUUUUGAAAUCUCUGGUUUGUACUUUGACUUUGAGACAGGAUCUCACUUUUUGGCUCUUGCUGCCCCGGAAUCUACUGGAUGAAUCAGACUGUCCUCAAAUCUGUGGUGAAUCUCUUGCCUCUGCUUCCUGAGUUCUGAGAUUACAGGUGCACACAACCCAGUUCAUUACUUGCUUCUUGCCUCUUCAUUGAUUGGAAUGUAGAGUCAAGUAACAAUAGAAAUUUGUUAAUAGUGCAGUACCAUUUACAUUAUUCAGAAAAGUGGAUAGACUGCAAACUCUUCGGUGUCUGUUUGUGUUUAGCAUGGUACUAAUUCCUCAGGCCAGAAUGAAGAUUAGGACAUAGUUCUUUUGUUUAGUAAGGUGAGGCAGACAAAGGGAUACAUUAUUUAAAAUCAGUAGGGUAAGUGCUGGGAAGAGAGAACUAAGGUUCUUGAUCUACAAAGGAACAGAUCAUUUAGCCUAAAUAAGGAGAUAGAAAGUCUUCCUGGUGGAAUUGAUAUAUGAGUCCGAAAAGAGAAUAAGAGUUUAACCACAUGAAAACUUACAGCAAGGUAAGAGAGUUCUAGUCAGAGGAAAACACUGGACAUACAUGAAUGUGUAUCAUGGCUCAGUAUUAUUGGUAGAGUCUAAAGAUUUUGUGUAUUCCAAUAGUGUGAAAGCAAAGUGAGCUACAAAAAGGGAUAAACUAGUAGAUAUGCUCUGGAGACAGGCCAUAGGAUUAUAUUAUAUCUUCAGGAGUUAAAUGUCAAGCUUCAGUAAUGAAACUUCCUGAAAAGCUUAGGUAAAACAAAGAUAGGACCGAAAAGCAUGUUACCUAGGGCACUUGCAUAUCACAUAGAGACUAGGCAGGGAGUCAAAGUUACAACUGUAACAAUAGUUCAAGUCAAGGGUGAAGCCCUGAAUUAGGCUACCAGCAGAAGUAAAGAGGAAGGCUGAAUUUGAGAAGCAGUUUGGGAGUGUGUUAGCAACAUGGUUCAUGACUGACUUGAGCAAGGAAGAAGUGCAUAAAUAAUCAGGGUGACUGUCCACUCCCAACUGCCUGGUGCAGCUGGCUUACCUAGUGACGGAGUUCACAGGUGGGAGAUGCAGACCAUAAGCAGGCUUAGGGAUGGUAGAAGGUAAAAGCAAAGUUUAAUAUGUUGAGUUUGAACAUCAAAGCUAAAUAGUCACCUGGCUCUUAAAUACAGGAAUGUGAAGCGCUGAGUCCCAGAAGCAUAUUAGUUGUUGGCACAGUUUUAAUAGUGAAAUUACACUGGAAGGAAUAGAAAAUUAGUCAAGAAGUGGUAUAGGGAUAAAAUAUGGUAAUCAUUUAAAUGAUGGUGAAAGAACAGGGCUUUGUAAGAGAAGAAGAAAAGACAAACAAGGGAAUCACAAAGUGCCACCAUUGGUAGCAAUUUCUUUGUUCACUUUUAAGCAGUGUUGGAGAUGGAAUUCAACAUGAUAUACAAGUAUUCUGUCACCGAGCUACACCCUCGCCCAUGAAUGCCACCUUUGCAGCUCUGCUUCUACACUUAAUAAGAGAACAUUUAAUCGCUUAGGACUAUUAUCUUGGAGAUGAUAUAAAACUUAUUGUUGUCAGCAGGAUUCAUCUAUUUAAUUAUAAAACUUUACCUAAGUGAAACUUGGGGGCAAGAUGGACCAUGCCUUAAUAGUGACCUGGGAUUAUUCUCUGUGACUUGACAUGUUUGAAUUCUUGCUAGAUUUUUAAAACAUCAUACUUUGAACCACCACCAGAUGGAUAUGAGAAUGUUACAAACAUCGUACCACCAUAUAAUGCGUUUUCAGCCCAUGGCAUGCCAGAGGGAGAGCUUGUAUAUGUCAACUAUGCUCGCACUGAAGACUUCUUCAAACUAGAAAGAGAGAUGAACAUCACCUGCACUGGGAAGAUUGUUAUUGCAAGAUAUGGGAAGAUCUUUCGAGGAAAUAAAGUUAAAAAUGCCAUGAUAGCUGGAGCCAUAGGAAUCAUCCUGUACUCUGAUCCAGCUGACUACUUUGCCCCUGAGGUACAGCCGUAUCCCAAAGGAUGGAACCUUCCUGGAGCUGCAGCACAGAGAGGAAAUGUCUUAAAUCUGAAUGGGGCAGGUGACCCACUCACUCCAGGCUAUCCAGCUAAAGAGUACACCUUCAGACUUCAUGUUGAAGAAGGAGUAGGGAUUCCGAAUAUACCGGUACAUCCAAUUGGAUACAAUGAUGCAGAGAUACUGUUACGAAACUUGGGAGGAGCUGCUCCACCAGACAAAAGCUGGAAGGGAACUCUAAAUGUUAGUUAUAAUAUCGGGCCUGGCUUUACAGGAAGUGAAUAUUCCAGGAAAGUUAGAAUGCAUGUUAAUAACAUUAACAAAAUCACAAGAAUUUACAAUGUAAUUGGAACUAUCAGAGGGUCCAUGGAACCUGAUAGGUAUGUCAUUCUGGGAGGUCAUCGUGACUCCUGGGUGUUUGGAGGGAUUGACCCUACCACUGGGACAGCAGUUUUGCAAGAGAUUGCCCAAAGUUUUGGGAAACUGAUGAAUCGAGGCUGGAGACCUAGGAGAACUAUCAUCUUUGCCAGCUGGGAUGCAGAGGAGUUUGGGCUGCUGGGUUCAACUGAAUGGGCUGAAGAGAAUGCAAAGAUCCUCCAGGAGAGAAGCGUUGCUUACAUCAACUCAGAUUCAUCUAUAGAAGGCAAUUACACUCUACGAGUUGACUGUACUCCUCUUCUUUACCAGUUGGUGUAUAAAGUGGCAAGAGAGAUCUCCAGCCCUGAUGAUGGUUUUGAAAGUAAAUCACUUUAUGAAAGCUGGUUGAAAAAAGACCCUUCACCUGAAUAUAAAGAUUAUCCUAGAAUCAAUAAGCUGGGAUCUGGAAGCGAUUUUGAGGCUUAUUUUCAGAGACUUGGAAUUGCCUCAGGCAGAGCUCGCUACACUAAGAACAGGAAAACAGAUAAAUACAGUAGCUAUCCUGUAUACCAUACCAUCUAUGAGACGUUUGAAUUAGUAGAGAACUUUUAUGACCCUACAUUUAAAAAACAGCUUUCUGUGGCUCAGUUUCGAGGAGCAUUGGUAUAUGAGCUUGCAGACUCUGUUAUCAUUCCUUUCAACAUUCAAGACUAUGCAAAAGCCUUGAAAACCUAUGCAGCAAAUAUCUUCAAUUUAUCAAAGAAACACAAACAGCAACUGAGAAACUAUGGAGUGUCAUUUGAUUCCUUAUUUUCUGCUGUGACAAACUUUUCAAAGGCUGCUUCCGACUUUCAUAGAAGACUCACACAAGUUGAUCUUACUGAUCCUAUUGCAGUGCGAAUUAUGAAUGACCAACUGAUGCUUCUGGAAAGAGCAUUCAUAGAUCCUCUUGGUUUACCUGGGAGGCAGUUCUACAGGCACAUCAUCUUUGCUCCAAGUAGUCACAACAAAUAUGCUGGAGAAUCAUUCCCUGGGAUUUAUGAUGCCAUGUUUGAUAUCGAAAAUAGAGCAGACCCCCACUUGGCCUGGGCAGAAGUGAAGAAACAUAUUUCUAUUGCCGCUUUCACGAUUCAAGCAGCAGCAGGGACACUGACAGAUGGGUUGUAAAGCUCCUGUCAAGUAGCUUCAUCACUAACAGCACUGCAGAGGGUUUGAGAGUGAAGCUGUUAGAGGGAGGUCUUGCUCAAAUGGAUUCACCACGAAAGGUGUCGCUGAGACAAAAUGUCUUUUUCUCUGAUGAUUCACGAAGCCAGGGUAUUCUAAAACCAUCAUUUUCAGGUCAUGUUUUAUACGGCCACCUUACUUAUCUGUCUGUCCUGGUUUUUUUUUUUUUUUUUUUUCAUUUUAACUCGUGUGCAUAUUCAGUGAAAGUGAAAUUGGAAGCAAUCCAAACGUUCAUGGACAGAUAAUUGAAUUCAUUGUCGUACAUACGCAGUGGGGUACUACUGAAAAUGAAAGAACUGCUGCUGAGUAAAAAGUUGGACAUCAGUGAGUCCAUAAGAUCAAACUAAUCUACAGUACUAUUUAUCCUUUUAAUGGAAAAACUUCUGGGAUAAAUGGAAUUUUCCAUACCUCUGGCUUAGUGUUAGUUACCAUCAAGCUGUCAUUUAAAUGUCUACAUUUUAUUGAAAAUUAUUUUCAAAUAAAUUUGAUUAUGAGGGGGAAAUCCCAUCAAAAAAAGAAGUCAGGUAAAGAAACAGAAAUAGUACAUCAUCCCUUGUAAAUGAUCAAGGAAUAUAUGAAGUACAGAUGGUACUUUAAUAACUUCAGUUCUACUGAACAAACAUGUAAGUCUAACAAAUGAGGAAAUAACCACCCCAGCUCUCCACCUUAAUUCCUUUAAGAAAAGUUCAACAGCAUUACAGGGUUUUAGGCAGAGCCUUGGGAUUACAGGUAAAUAUCAUUGAAGUUUCAUCCAAUAAGAAAGGAUGCAUACUUGGCUCAAUGGUAGGACAGUUGCUUCAUUUCUUCAAGAACCAAGUUUUUUCCUCAGUAUUAUACACACAUGCAUGAAUAUAUGUGUAUAUACAAGCACAUAUGCACUCACACAUCAAGUAAGCUUUGUUGUUUAGCUACUUCACCAAGUAAUUAAAAAUAAAAAAAAAAAUAACACAGCCUCGGGGAGCAUCAAGGGAGAGGGUAUGGACAGAAAAUACAAGCUGGAGGACGGGAAGGAAUGCUAUGGAAUGGUCUUCUGGACAUUAUUGUUGCACACAUAAAUGUGCAGCAGUUGUGGGUUAUCUACACAAGGUCAAGCACAAGAGUCCAGAACAGAGCCGGGUGGUGGUGGUGCAGGCCUUUAAUCUCAGCACUUGGGAGGAGGAGCCAGGUAGAUCUCUGUGAGUUCAAGGCCAGCCUGGUCUACAGAGCGAGAUCCAGGACAGGCACCAAAACUACACAGAGAAACCCUGCCUCAAAAAACCAAAAAAAACCCAAACAAACCAAAAAAGAGCCCAGAACAGACAAGGGAAGAACUCAUGAGGUCCCAUCUGUAAAGAAAGAACUAUUGGCAGUUAAUGGCUGGGAGAAUGUAAGCUAGGUUUUCAGGCUGUAACCACUGGUAAGUUGCCCAUGGUCCAGUAAACAGACCCACAACCACUCACAUGUAAGAAAAUCUAAUUAAACUCAGUGUAUUGAAAAAAAAAAGACAUGAAAGGAGUAGAAGGUAUUGGGAAAAUAGGUUCUGGAGGGCAUGGGAGAGUGAUAAGAGAACUGGUGGUGAGAACGUUCAAAAUAUAUUAUGUACAUGUAUGAGAUUAUCAAGGAAUAAAAAUAUUUAAAAAAUUAACCUUAUAUAAGCACACUAGCUAAAAUAUAAGCAACAGCUCAGUUUGACCACAAGGAGAAAUGAUCCCACUACUCUUCCAUCCUGGACAAGAAGACAGACUAAUAUAAUGAGUGGGGUGUCGGAGAAACACAAACCUUUGCAACCCCCGAUAUUUGUAUAUGAGACAUGCAGAAGGAAGGGAGCCCCUCAUGUAAGAGUCUGCUCGAAGUCUUGAAGAAUUAUUUUCAACAACACACUUAAAAUUUGCUGUGAAGAUUGCCUACACGGAUAAUAUUCUUUUUAUAUUAAGAGAUCUUUUAAUUAAGAAUUUCAAAAUAGUAUGAGCCAUGCUUAAAUUUAGAUUGAGAAUAAAUGACUUGAGUUUGGGUUCAUUUCUUUCCCACUUACAAGCCUACACUAUUCCAAGAUCUCACAAGACUAUAAUAAACUCUUUAUGGUAAAAACAUA